UCUACAGCAGUAUUUAAUAAUGGAGAACACCACCGGCCUGAUCAACUCACUAACGUCUCAAGCCCUGCUGGUUAUGGCGACAUCCUCAGAAGGUCCACUUGGCGUAACACAGCAACCCCCUCUUUAUACUGUCCCAAUGACCAUGGACAAACCCCCACAAAUGACCUACCUGAGUCCAGCGUACCCUCUACUAUACCCGUCGCAGGAGCAUUUAAAUUCAGCGUGCCCUCCACAGCUGCUUUCCCUAUCCCAUCAGUACGGGCACCCCCGUCUAGACCGUGGAGGGGUAGGGGUCUUGGGGUAUGGUGCUCUGCACCCUUUUGCUACGUUCCGCCUUCCCGAUAGCGUGGAAAGGCUCCAGGCUGGUUUCAUGAACCCCAAAAGGCUAAAGGGAGAACCAGAGCCUCCCCAGAUACACUACCUGUCAAUGGAGUCAGCCAUGGACGCUUCCCAUGUCAUCCCCCCAACAUCUCACAGGAGUUCCCCAAAACCAAGAGCAAGCGCUAACAAAAAAGAUAAAAAGCAUUCUCUCUCCUUGCCUCUACUGUGCCCUCUGUGUAACAAACACCUCCAGAAAGAAGAGUUAUCUCAGCAUCUACUGCGUGAAAUGGAGCAUCUGGCUCACCUUCCUGACAGCGAACCCGACGUUAUUCCAGAAUUAACUCGGAAUCAUCUUACUCAGUCUCCACUGCCAGGACGGGACUCUCGCAGUGAAUCGCCAAUGGUGACUUCAGAGGACGGGCCUAAGCUGGACAGGCACCAGGUCUUCCAGCAAGUUAGGUGGAACAGAGAGGAGCGUAUGGGAGCCCGGGUUUCAAAGUGUAAGAGAGUCCGACUACAUUUGGAUGAGUCCUUGAGAGUACCUCCUGCAGAGAUCGAGGUGAUGGAGUUGAACCACUGGGAUGAAGAGGUCCGGAGUCCAACUAAAUCUUUCUUCCAUGUACCAGAUUACAGGGGGUCUCCUGGAACCUGCUCCCCCAGUCACAGUGAGGAGUCUGACAACGAAGAGGCUUCAGCUUCCGCCCGCACAAACGAACACAGUCUGGAAGUUCUACGAGACAAAAUCCAGGAACUGACUGAGAAACUGAAGAAUACGCACACGUGUCACAUAUGUCUGGAUGCCUAUAGUGUCCCUGUGGCUUCCAUCCAAUGUUGGCACAUUCACUGUGAGGGAUGCUGGUUGCGGGCACUGGGAACAAAGAAGCUGUGCCCUCAGUGUAAUACAAUAACAUCCCCCAGUGACCUUCGCCGAGUAUACUUGUGACCUUCAGAGCACCCUCCCAUGGACUGACACACAAAGUAGACUAUUGGAACCCAGUCCAAGAAGUUCGUGGUCAGCAGUGAUGGAUUAAGACAUGGAUUUUGGGCAACGACCCUGCAACUUGGCUCCCACUGUACUUUUUGGAGUUUACCUUGGACAUCACCCACAUCACACUGAAAUGAGCAGAAACCAACAUGGCGACCUCUUCUACUCCUCUUCUACUCCAAGUUCUGAUAGAUGAAGACCCGGCAGACUCAUUCUGCAUGGGGGAUUAUUUCAUUGCUAAGGCUCUUUGAAAGAUGUCACAUUUCUCUUGUUAGAGAAACAUUCCAACCACAUUUUCUCUUCUUUGGUGGCAACUAUGAGCCUCUUACUGCCCUGAACCUCAGGUUGACAGCUUGAUUGUAAAAUGGAUUUGGAGGUAUAUUUAUGAAGCAGUAGAUCUUGCAAGAUGCUGCCUUCCGGUGGUUUGCUCUGAAGUACUACUAAUAUUAGGUUCGAAGCCUGAAGUGUUUUGCAAUUGAUAUUAGCGCCGCCUUAAAGUUUGAGGUUAAGCCUGCUGAGAAGUGGUAGCUUGCAAAAGCCAUCUCUUUGUAAAUAUAUCUCCUGGAUUAUUGAGAAAUAUUCUGGUACUGUAGUUAAUGGUUUCAUUUGUCACUACAUAUCCUUUUCCAGUGGCUGUCGUUAGUGGGCAGUGGAGAAGUGU